ACAUUCGUUCACUUUUUCAGGCGUGCCAGUGGUGCUUCCAAAUGGGCGUGAGUGCAGUAACUGUUUUUAUGGUCGCAAAUCGUCAUUUGACGCGGAGUGCAUACGAAAGAGAUGCUCUGUUCUACGGAGUCAUAGGCAGCUGGUCCAACAAUUUACACUUGAGCAGAAUCAAGACACUAGGCAUAAGAAUGAAAUGGAUCGGGAAAAUGAUGAUGCUUCCGGCUGACCUCAAAAUGAAGAUGCGUGAAAUGGAGAUUGCUACUUCAGAUGCAGCAUGGACGCGGACUUGUCUGGCAUGCGUCGGUUAUACCACUAAACGCCAGAUGGCGCAGACAGCCUUAGAGAUGGCAAGAGCGGUCAAAUUCAGCUCACUGCAAAGCGAUGACCUCACCGAAGACUUGAUGGACACUUACAUCAAUCAAGCCGAGUGUCCCGAUGUGGACGUGCUGAUGCGAUGCGCAGGCACGCGAUUAAGUGAUUUCGUGGUCAUGCAAUGUGGAUACGCGUACCUGAACAUGACGUCAAAGAAGUGGCCAGAUAUUGGCUUCUGGGACUGGGUCCGGGCUUUUCUAAUGUAUCAAUUGCACUGGCCUGCCAUCUUGGCCGUGAAAGAAAGACAUCGUGCUUUGGUGGCUUCUCGCGACGACAAGCUGGAUCAAAGACGAAAGGUCCGUCAACAAGCUUCCAUGAGGAACGUCGAAGCUGUGAAAACCGGCAACGUUCAGGGACACGCACAUCAGGAGUUCAUUGUUUGAGACAGAGUAAAGGGGGAAAUGAACGUGAUACAUGCAUGUGCGUGUGAGAUUCAAAGGCAGAUUAAGUUGAAGUGACGUCCUUUUCACGAUCAUCGAAAACACUACUGUUCGACCUCGCAAGCAAUAAAACUGAAAAUAAAGAAGGCCAACUGUGGCAUGACACGGAAUUUUGGUUUAGCCUUCCUGGGGCGAAACUAUUCGUAAGCGCAAUAUGAAAGUAUUCAUGAAAUGAUGUGCAUCAGCGUCCACUGACGCCAUCUGCCAGAGGUCACUGUCGGACAAGAAUAUAUAUAAGCUCAUGAACUUAGUCUUGAUAAACAGACUGUGCACGACUUCCCGCGUGAGAACGAGCCGCACUUUUUUUAACAGAAUGCGCAGAUAAAACGCUUCAGUUUCGAACUUUACCAUAGAAUAC